CUUAGCCCUAAACUUCAUUUGUGGUUGGAGAAGUUCUUCUUGUAGCCAUCAGCCUAUACUGAUGGUGGUCUAGCUGUGCCAGCCUCCACCAGGUUACAUAAAUUUUGCCCUGAGCCUACUGCUCACGUUGUUCACCUGUGGCACCCACUCAGGUUGAGUCUGUCAGCAUGGAGGAUUCAUCAGAGCAGUCCCACUGGGUGUCUCCAGCUCUGCUCACCUCAGACCCUCUGGCCGGUUUCCCCUCUGAUCCCAGCCUCCUGCCUCCAGGAGACGAGGGUGAGGUGUUCUUCUCCAGCCAGGACACGGACUACACCGGCCUGCCCUCUUUCUUCUCCAACCCAAGCCACAGCCGAGCACCGUCCACCUACAGACACAGCUCGGUUCGACAGGUGUUCACCUCACCUCACCUACUCAGUAACCUCCAGCUGCUGGACGGGUCGGCAAGCCACUCCCUGAGCUCACCCUACAACCCUCCAGCCUCCACCUGGAGCAGCAGUCCUCUCACCAAGCCUCCUAUGCACUCACACACCCCAACCUCCAUCUACACCACCUCCUCCUUCACCACUUCUAGAGAUGGAUAUCCAUCUCCUGGCAGAGAGGGCCAGGAGAGCCCCCAGCUUCCAGAGGCCUUGAAGGCUGAGCGCCUGAGCCCGCCCGGGGGUUCAGGAGCCAGCAGCAGCUUUCUGAACCUGACUCCUGCCUCUGGGAGUGUGUACACACCAUUGCCUCACUCCCACCCACACAUGCUGAGCCCAUACAGCUCGUACAUGACCAACCCCCAGGAGUACAGCUCUACGGCACUCUACUCCAACCCUGGGGCCUGGAUCAGCCCCUCCUACUCCCCGAAACUUCGCAAUAAGAUGAGGAUAUCCACUCCCGAGGCCAGAGAGUGUGUUAACUGUGGAGCCACAGCUACUCCUCUGUGGCGUCGGGAUGGCACAGGCCACUACCUGUGUAAUGCCUGUGGACUGUACCACAAGAUGAAUGGCCAAAACAGGCCUCUAAUCCGGCCCAAGAAGAGACUGAUUGUCAGCAAGCGGGCAGGUACACUGUGUGCCAACUGUCACACAAGCACAACAACACUGUGGAGACGCAACGCCAAUGGAGAGCCUGUGUGCAAUGCCUGUGGACUUUACUUUAAAUUGCACAAUGUCAACCGCCCCCUCACCAUGAAGAAGGACGGCAUUCAAACUCGCAACCGAAAAGUCUCCACCAAGAACAAGAAGAGCAAGAAGGCCGCCAUGUUGGAGCAGUACUCGGAGGUGGCUCAGCCACCUUCACUGGACGACAACGGGCCCUUUUCCCUCAGCCCCGGGACUCUCCUGACUUACAGCCACAUGCCACACCUCAUCCCAACACCCUCUCAUCUGCACCCCUCUGCCUCAAUACCCUACACACACCACCUCAACACUGGCAUGGUGCCCACACUGGUGUGAAAUAACAAAACAGGUGCCAUUCAAGAACCAGUGUACUUUUUUGCAUGCCAGUUAUUUGUGUGUUUUUGUACAUAUGAGUUUCUACCUAGACUGUCAUGUAAAGUUUUCUUUUUAUUUUCCACUGUAUUUUAUUAGAAAAAAACAAAUAUUUGUAUAUAUUAUCUUGAUUUGGCUCUUGUGUGAAGUCAGACAAAAUCCCUCUGAGGUUGCUGCACAUGUAAACAUAGUGAUAAGGAAAUUUUUUCAACUGUGAAUACAAACACAAACCUGAUCUGAGUGCCAUAUUUCUGUCUCUUUUGUAAUUAUAAUGUGAAAUUAUAGUUUUGCAUUCCCCAGGUCUGUUUUGUAUUUGCAUGACUGACAUUCCCAUAUGAAAAUUCUACAUAGAAAACAAUAAACAUGACUA